CGGAGUUAUAUGUCAGAAUGGGCUUUGCUCCUCAGCAGCCCAUUUCUGAUGAAGUAAAGCCCAAAGACAGCCAUGGCUUUUCCCCUUCACAAAAUUGGUUGGGAAGUCGAGUAAUUUCAUUGGACAAGCCAGCGACGGGCAGCAAAUGUAUCUCACCACGACGCCAAAACCGAGCCACGGCCACCACCGCCCUUUCCACAGUUGCUGCGGCCUGACCCGCCACCGCUCUCUCCUCCUUCCCUCCGCCUCCCUCGUCGCCAUUUCCGCUUGGCGAGCCAUGGCCACCACAAGUAGCGGUGGCGGAAAUGCUGCCGGCGCGUUCACGACGAUAAAAGAGAAAGUAAUCUUCGAAAAGGAAAUCAAAAAGAGCAAAUUCAUCGCCGUUGCUGGCCCGAUCUCCAGCGAACAGUCCGCCUUCGCUUUCCUCAAUCAGGUCAGAGAUCCUCGGGCCACCCACAAUUGCUGGGCCUACAAGGUGGGAGAUCAGUUCCGGAGCAAUGACGAUGGCGAACCGUCGGGAACUGCUGGGAAGCCAAUCCAAUCUGCGAUUGAAUCUUCCGGGAUUGAUAGAGUAAUGGUGGUUGUAAUCAGGCAUUUUGGAGGAAUUAAGUUGGGGACUGGAGGAUUAGUGAGGGCUUAUGGUGGAGUAUCUGCCGAAUGCUUGAGGAAUGCCCCAACCCAGCUCGUGAAAUCCAAGGUUCCACUUGGAGUCGAAGUCCCGUUCGAGCUCUUGGGGAUUCUUAAUCAUCAGUUACAGUCCUUUCAAGUUGCAGACAUCAGACAAGAUUACGAAACGGGUAAAGAUGGCAUCGCGAUGGUUUCCUUCAAGGUUGAUUUUGAUCAGGCCGCGGAAUUGGAGGAGGCAAUCAAAACGAAUUGCAGCUGGGACCUUGUAUUUUAUAGGUGAUUGACUACCCUGUCCCGAGUAAGGAGCUUGUACCGUUGUUACAAUCUCGAUCUGCUUUCACAUUGGCCAGAACUGCAAUUAUGUAAACUGUACAUAGAAACUAGCCUUCGGUGACUCUUCUUACUCUUACCUUCUGCUUCUGUUCUGGGGGAAUCAUCGUUCUGAGCUCCGUUAUUUUUUGGUCUCAACAUGGCUUGUUAUAUUGCUUUCUUUGCUCCUUCGCCUCUAGUAUAGUACCGGCGCCCGUCGGAGGGAUAUUGUUAGCCAUAAUACGCUAUCAUUUGGUCUAAUCAAUAUAUAUGAUUAUCUUUUUGUAAAAAAAAAAAAAAAACUCUCGGAAUUUGUUGCCUAACUUUCUUGGUAGCUAGAUGCACUAUGGCGGAUUUCAUGUUUGAGUGCUCAUUUCACAGACCAAGAACACAUGACUCAGAUGAGCCUAUCAAUUUCUACGGUAUUGGCUGGAAUGGUGAGAUUGUAGGUCCUAUUAGCAAUUUGCUUCCUACUUCAAAGGAAAAUCAAUUUCAAACUACCAACCUAAAAAAAUAUUGUUCUAGAUUGGUUCUUGUUCCCCCACAUCAUUAUUGACUAGAGAUAAGAGAUGCAAUCAUCCCGCAACCUAACCAAAACCCAUGGCUAAUGGUGGUUAAUUCGCAACAUUGUAUCUUGUAUUUCAACAUUCCACCAUCUAAAUCGUUGCCUCCUAGUUUCUACUUUGAUUUGUACACAUGGAUGUCUUAGUUUAUAGUUUAUACCCAUCAACCCUCUAGUUUAUACACGAUAACUCAGCGACUUAUGCACAUUUAUCUUGUUUAUGCACUUUGAUCCUGAUUUGUAAGGAUGAUGAAUGCCAACUUUCUACAGGAAAGACUCCUCCGCACCAACUGUGGGAGAGUCAUGAAGGUACCCAAGAGAUGCCUUUUAACGAACAAAAUUGAUCGAAGUAGUGCCUUAGAAGUAACCCAGUUGUCAGAACUUUGAAAAGAACACACAAACACGGAAGGAAGCUGUUCUCUUUGAACGAACACAGCCUGUUUUGGUUACGUUUGGAAGAGCAAAACAGCCUGUACAGCAGGCAGCAGCCUGAAUUACGUUUCAAAUAGUGAUUGGAUUUUACACCAUGGCCCAGGGGAUGAAGUAUGAACAGACCUGAUCACAACCAAAAAGUCAGCUGAAUGUUUUGAUUGAGCAAAGCGAAAUCGUAAUAGCGGCUGGAUGAAGGACACGAUUCAUCUGGAAAAGAAAGAACUCCAGUUUCCUGCUUUUAUUAAUUACGAGGGACGACUUCCAAAUAGUAAAACAUUUCCAAGGGUUAUUGGUCAGAAGUGGGCGUCAGUUGACAAUUGAUUACAGACAGCGUGUGUGUGUGUGAUGAAAUCGAAUGGGUGGCGUCGGACUUGUCGGCGGCGGGAGGGGAGUGGCGGUCCGUCAACGGCUCAACUAGCGACCAUUGGAUGCGGCGAAAUGGCAGUGUCUAUUUGUGUUGGCAACAGGGCUCGACUUGCCUGCUAGAAAAGUAUGACCUUUUUCGGGUUCGGCGACUCUUUUUUAACACGGCGUCGGGAAUCGACGGGAGAAGAAGGUCGGGAGGCGGAGGGUCAAUUUUGAUUUGUAGUUUCGUCUAGGUACGUCACGUAAGGAAUAGAGUCAAUGGAAAACCAAGAAAGAAAAAGUCAAAAAAAUAACAGAACCGUCGCCUGAGAGAUUCGAACUCUCGCGGGGAAACCCCAUGUACUUAGCAGGCACACGCCUUAACCACUCGGCCAAAGCGACGAUUGACGUUGGUGAUGAAACAUAAAUAAAUUUAUAGUUUAUUU